CCCUGUGUCUUUUGUAACGCAGUUGUUGGUAGACGGUUUGACAGCAAGAUGACAAUUCGAUGCGGUGCGGAAUUUUGCAAAUGGCGACGUUGGGGCCAGAAAAGCCAACGAAUUUCACCUACAUUGCAACCCAAUCUUCCUAACGCCUGUUUGAUUAUCUUUUUGUGCGGGAGGCCAUUUGAAAUUCCGCGUUCACAUUGUGUGAGUAGCAGUGAGGACCAUGACGACCAGCAGUGAGGAUGUGUUGCUGCAAAUGGGUGAGGUGCGUUACAAAAAGGGCGACGGCACUCUAUACGUAAUGAAUGAGCGCCUUGCAUGGAUGGCGGAAAAUCGCGAUACUGUUGCAGUAUCGCAUCGCUUUGCCGACAUUAAAAUGCAAAAAAUAUCGCCUGAGGGCAAGCCGAAGGUGCAGCUUCAAGUUGUGCUGCAUGACGGUAAUAGUUCCACAUUCCAUUUUGUCAAUCGUAAUGGACAGCAAGCGAUGCUGGCCGACCGUGAUAAGGUGAAGGAGUUAUUGCAGCAACUAUUGCCGAAUUUUAAGCGUAAAGUCGAUAAAGAGUUGGAGGAAAAAAAUCGUAUACUUUCCGAAAAUCCUAAUCUCUUGCAGCUGUAUAAGGAUUUGGUUAUAACGCAAGUGCUCACCAGUGAAGAGUUCUGGGCUACACACGCCAAAGAGCAUGCCAUGAAGAAAAUUAACAAAAAACAAGAUAUUGGUGUAUCUGGCGCCUUUCUUGCUGAUAUAAAACCACAAACCGAUGGUUGUAAUGGGUUGAAGUACAAUUUAACCCCCGACAUAAUUCUGUGUAUUUUUAAAACUUAUCCCGCCGUAAAACGAAAGCAUCAAGAAAAUGUGCCUGCCAAGUUGACAGAGUCGGAAUUCUGGACAAAGUUUUUUCAGUCGCACUACUUUCAUCGCGAUCGCAUAACAGCUGGCUCUAAAGAUAUAUUUACAGAAUGUGGCAAAAUUGACGAUCAAACGUUGAAAGCUGCUGUUCAGCAAGGCGCAGGCGAUCCUUUACUCGAUCUGAAGCAGUUUGAGGACGUGCCACUGGAGGAGGGUUUCUGUAGUGUUGCUGGGGACCGCAAUGUCUCAAAUAGUGGGAACAUAGUGCAUCAGAAUAUGAUCAAGCGUUUCAAUCAGCACUCGAUAAUGGUGCUUAAGACUUGCGCCGAUGUCGCUGGCAGCUCUACUUCAACUGCCAAUGGACCGGCUAAAAUGAAAGACCCGAAAGCCAAUGAACACUCGGCCGUAAAUGGCGGUGCUGAAAAAUCAAAACAUGCAAAAGACGGCAAAUCGAAUAGUGGCGAUGCAAAUUCAACGAAUAAUGCCACGCUCAACGGAAUUGCUGCUAGUCCCGAUCGGCCGGCCAAACGCCAACGGAUCAUGGAAAAAAUACACUACGAAGAUCUUGGUGAUCCCUUAAUAGAAGCAGCCUACGAGGCUGAUGCUAGCAAAAAAUUUAAGAAGCCACAACAAUUAUCACUAGCCAAAGAGGAACGCUAUUUACACGGCCCUUUGCCAAUCACUGGCUACGACAUGCAUGAAGACCCACGACGCAUGGAAGAAGUUCAAUACCAUCUAAUGCGUGCUACGGAAACUUGGACGCAGCGCACACCGCACAAAGUUUUGGUCAGCCCAACGGCAGCGGUCAAUGCGCUCGGCGAAUUGAGUCCGGGUGGCGCGCUUAUGCGUGGCUUCCAUGAGCAAUCGGUCGGCCAGCUGGUGCCGAAAGACUUUGAAAAGGAUUUGCGUAAUUUAUAUUUGUCAUUGUCAGAAUUGCUGAAACAUUUCUGGAAUUGUUUCCCACCAACCACCGCCGAAGCCGAAGAAAAGGCUGUGCGCAUGCACGAGGCAGUGCAACGCUUCAAAAUGGCUAAACUUGUGCCGUUCGAGAGUCGCGCCUUGCAUGAAUUGUCGCCACUGGGCGCUUCUCUAACGCAGCAUUUGAAUCGUUUGUUGCAGUCGGCAAACACAAAAUUCGCCACUUGGCAAGAGCGCAAAAUGCGCCAGCAUAGGUAGCAAACGUGAAUGCAUUUGAACGUGCUCGCGUUGGUUGUCACAGGCAUGCAAAGCAAAAAUAA